AUCUUUCGGUAACUAGGUUUACCGACUCUGAAAGCAUUUGAUUUUCAUUCAUCUUGUUUACAGUAGCAAUAGGAAAAGGUAUCAAACAACUUAACCUAACAUGACUACUCUAGAAUCUAUGAUUGUCGAGGAACCGAAAGAACCAGAAAAGCCAAUAGACAGAGAAAAAACAUGUCCUCUGCUUCUACGUGUGUUUUGUAGUAAUGAUCGUCAUCAUGCGUUGAUGGAAUUCUCUCGAGGCAGCACACCAACAAAUGAACUUCAGAUCUACACAUGGAUGGACGCCACACUGAAGGAGCUGACGAGUCUGGUCAAGGAGGUCAACCCUGACGCCAGAAGAAAGGGAACCUUCUUUGACUUUGCCAUUGUUUACCCAGACUCUCGCUCCCCCACCUUCAGGAUGCGUGAGAUUGGUACAACCUGUGCUGGCAGGAAGUCACCUGACGACACAGUCACACUAGCACAGAAAAAGUUCACCAUUGGGGAUUACCUGGACAUUGCCAUAUGCCCACCUAGACCUGGGGGUAUGCCACCCAUGGGGAGGGGCCGGCGCCAGUUUUAGUCAUUCACAUGUUAUCUUAUUGGUAUGCUUGUUUUCAUGCAUUUUGAAAGGGUUCUGUUUCUGUUAUUUUUACUACGUUGGAACAGUUGAUGCUAUUCUGGUAUCAAGAUUUGUAUAUUUUGACCCAGCAGUCUUCUAACAGAAGCUUUGCAGGGGCUGAAUGUAUGUAUGUUAUCCAGCUUUAUAUUGAUGUCUGUGGAAGUUUCCAUUUUAAUAAAAUGUUUUAAUCUUUGCUUC